GGCAAGAGCCAGACAUGUCAGUAGUGCAUUGAACUGUCAAGACGUUUUACUUUUUGGGAGAAUGUAGAAAUAAUUUUAGUUGAUUUUACACGUUUUUAUAGUUGUUUUUCAAAUAUUAUUUACUUUGUUUAUGAGGACAAAAGAGGAGGCCGUUUAACUGUCGCACGAUGGCGGCCACGGCUCAGACCGAGCUCGCGGUGGCGGAGCUAAAGGUGGAGAUCGAGAGGCUCAGCCGAGAGCUCGACCAAGCCAGCAGCGAGAAGGUGCAGUCGGCGCAGCUGGGGCUGGUGCUGCUGCAGGAGAAGGGCGAGCUGCAGCGCCGCUGCGAGGAGCUCGAGGCGCUCUACGAGAAUACGAGACACGAUCUCGAGAUCACACAAGAGGCCCUUAUGAAACUAGACUCAAACCAGAAAGUGACGACACAGAGCGGUAUAGACCAAGAAAAUGCUCUCCUCAACGAGAGUGCUGCUAUGGAAAGCUCGCUCACACUACAGAUCAUAGAACUUGAGGGAGAGACCAAACAGCUACGUCACGAGCUGGAGCGCGUGGUGAGCGAGCGAGACCGCCUGCUCAACGAGAGCUCAGAACUGGGAGCCGACAAGGCCACGAGAGAGAGCGAGAGAGCAGCACUACGAGGAGAGCUGAGGGAGGCCCGGCAGCGGGAGCAGCGGCUGCUGGUGGAUAUUGCUGAUCUGGAGGAUGAGAAUAUAUCGCUGCAGAAACAAGUGUCGGCGCUGAGGUCUUCGCAGGUCGAGUUCGAGGGUUUGAAGCAUGAAGUCCGUCAAUACCGUGAAGAGGCGGAGAAUGCCCGAGCCGCCGCGGAUGAAACCGCAGCGCUGCGCCGAAUCGCUGAACGACAGCUGGCUGAAGCGCUCGAAGCGCUGCAAGCGGAGAGAGAAGCUAAAUUCGCAGCCAAGAAAGAGCUCGAUGCACACCUCAGCAGAGAGGCCGCGUAUAAUAUCACCAACUUGGCCUACAGUAUACGAGGUAUGGGCGAGGAGGGCGGCGACGAGGAGGGCUCGGCGGGCGGCUCGGCGGAGCUGGCCAUGGACCACCACGCGGACCUGUUCUCCGAGGUGCAUCUGCACGAGAUCACGCGUCUCGAGAAGCAGCUGGAGCAGGCGCAUACUGAGAACCAACAACUGUCAGCGAGCAUGCGCGGCAGCCAGGCGGCGGCGGAGGCGGCGGGCGCGGCGGCGGCCACGCUGCGCGCCGGCCUGCAGCGCGCCGCCAGCCGCUGCAGCGCGCUGCUGCAGAUACAGACAGCCACCAAGAACGAGGAAGAGCAACAGAAAGACGGCACAAUCUCAUCCAAAGCCGCCCGCUGGCUGACCUGGUGGCAGGUGUCCGGCACGGAGCUCAGCAAACUCGCCGCCCUAUUGGCUGAGGUCCAAGCCGCCAUGCCGCCGCCCGACGCCACGGCCGCGUCCAUUGCUCGAGCGGAGUUGGCGCAGCUCAGUGAUAGGCUGGCCGAGGCGGAGGUGAAGUGCGCCGCGUUUACGGCUGACAACCAGCUGUUGACUACUCUGGCUGGAGGAGCGGGUCGCGCGCUGGCCACGGCCGCGCCCGCCCUGUCUUCAGCCGCGGAGACCCUCGCUCAGAUCUACCACCACGUGUGUGCUAUCAACGGCACCCAGCCGCAGAGACUGUUGCUGGAGCACGCCGGACAGACAGAUGUAUCCGGCACAGAAGACCGAACAGCGGAAGACGAGGCCCUAUCCCUAGCCGCCGGCGAGCUGUCGGGCCUGCGCUGCGCCGGCGCCGUGGCGCGCUCCGCCGACACGCUGCUGGACCAGCUCACGCACCUGCGCGCCCAGCUCGACACCGCGCUCGACUCACGACACCGACACCAGCCCGUCAUGGAAACGGAGGAGCGCGGCGCCGAAAUGGCCGAACUACAAGAGCAAGUCAUCAAGCUAAAAUCUCUGUUAUCCACCAAGCGCGAACAGAUAGCCACUCUUCGCACGGUUCUCAAGUCAAACAAGAACACCGCAGAGGUCGCUCUGGCUAACCUCAAGUCCAAGUACGAGACCGAGAAGACGAUAGUCACAGAGACUAUGUUGAAGCUGAGGAACGAGCUGCGGCUGCUCAAGGAAGAUGCUGCCACAUUCUCAAGUCUCCGCGCGAUGUUCGCGGCGCGCUGCGAGGAGUACGUGACCCAAGUGGACGAGCUCACGCAGGCGCUCGCCGGCGCCGAGGAGGAGAAGAAGACCCUCAACCAGCUGCUGCGUCUCGCCGUGCAGCAGAAGCUGGCGCUGACGCAGCGGCUCGAGGAGCUGGAGGUGGACCGCGAGAUGCGUACACGGCGCGUGCCCAAAGCAGGCGGGGCGCCGCGCUCGCGGCCGCGCGACUUCUAGCGGCUGGUGCGCGCGCUGAAGGCCGCCGCCGCCGCUCUACGCACGCUGCUGGCCGCCUCGCCGCGCACACCCGCCUCCUUGCUGGCCCGACACUCCUCGCAUUGAACAGUGAACCUACAAACUCCUUGGUGAAACGCAGAAUGCUGUUCUAAAUUUAAACUUUCGAACGCGUGAAAUCGCGCGCGUAUUUGGCAAACUCUUGCCGGCUGACAGACUCUUUGGUGUGUUAAAUUUCGAUAGUUUCGAUGUGCAUUUGUUGUUAUUAUGCGCGUGAACGUGAGGAUGCGUUGUCUACGUUGAAAGCGUCGUCCGGACCGGUUGUGCGGCGUGAAUUGUAGCGAGUAAAGUAAAGUAGUACGCAAAAUGUAGAGUAUGAAACAUGUUCUUCGUAAAGACAAUUUGUCACAGUUCAGUGCUGUCGUGUGCUGGCUAGAGGCGGUAGUGCGUAUCGACACGAAUUUAUAGCCUAAAUAUAUCUCGGAUGGUCCGAAUUCGUCCAGCGAGCCCCGAGGGCCGCGGAGUGACGUCACCGCGUCGACACUCCACUAUGAGAUGCAAUGAUUAAACAUUUUUUCUAAUUGUCGCUCUUAGGAAACAAAAUUAUUUAUACAUUUUAUAAAUUUUAAUCUAAUUAAAUUAAUUAAAUGUACCAAUAAAGUAAGUAGGAGGCGCUUCGUUGAUGUAAACGUGUUAUGUGUUGUCGGCCGCGGUGGUACAGCCUUAUUUGUUGUUUAUUUACUCUUCAUUGACCAUUGUUUCUUGAACCAUCAAACUGUGCAUGACUGUGCACCAGCGGCCGACAACGCCCAGUUAUUAAAUAAAGUAAGUAAAAAAUGAUUAGAGGAUUUGUAUCAACGAAGCUCCUCUAUAAAUUAAUGGUUGGUGUUAAAUUUAAAGUUGACUGAUUUUACUAUGUGUGUGAAUGGAAUGCGGGCGGCGGGGACGUUGUUAUAUUACUGUUGAUUGCGUAGAUAUCAUUGCAUCCCGGGCCUCGGCCCAUAUUAUUAUAUACUAUACCUAUUUUAAAUCAUUAUUAAAACUUAAGUCUUGGCACGUCUUGCCGUUCUAUCUGUGUGCGAAAUUUGAACGUUGCAUUUAACUAUUUUUAUGUACCACACACUUAUUGUAAUGAAGUAUUUUCAUAAAGCAUUUCCUCAAUGAACUAUUGCACACCUUGAAACGAACGUUCAACUGUAUUUUUGUAAUAGCAACAGGUAUUUUAUUACGCAAAUGAAUUUAUCAAUCAUAUUGUUAUCAAGUUGGCUAUUUGACAUUAUAUCUCUUUGAGAAUGGCGGAAUUUACUGUUUAAAAAUCAAACGCGAAGAGAAUAAUAAGUGACCCGUGCAAUGUUAUUUUAUAUAUAAUAUAUUUAUAUUACAAUCGUACGAUUCCCAUAUACAUUAUUAUAGAAGCCCCUUAUUCGAUACGAAUGUUUACGUCCAAUUGAAAAAUGUCUAAAUGAUUAAUUGACGUCCAUCCAUUGCGCAUAAAGACUAUGUAAUCUGUUGACAUGUUUGUUACGUUGUGGCCCUCUGUCUCUGCCAAAUACUUUCGUCCAUCUUGUUCUAGUUGUACUCGUAGUGUUUUCUUCGUUAGACUUGUCUUAGACGGACUGCUCCGGUGUUGUUUGUUUACAAAGCUGAGGCGGGAGUCAGUUAGUUGUCCCGCUCACUCGCACAGCGCGUGGGUGGUGCUGUCUCGCUCACUCGCAGGCUCAACACGUAGCGAUCAGUAGUUCCGAGCCAUCGUCGCGCAGCGCACAUUGCCGUCCCGCGGCGCUCGCGUCGCCUGUCCACUGUCCGCGCCGAUCGACCGCCGACCACUCACCCGGCCUCCCUCCUCAAACAAACACUCAAUUUACCUUCUCAUAUAAACAGUUUACAGUUGCUCAAAAUCAGUUUUGCUCACGAGGUCGAUCGGCGCUCUAUUGUAAGACAAAAUUAAACGUUUAAAAAGUUAAAUAUGUUACUGUUUGAUUUGUUGGAUGUGAUAAGGCAGCUUCCAUGCGGUAGGCGCGGAGGCGCGGCUCGACCGUUCCAUGUAGUGGGGCAUUCGUCCCGAGUAGGUAUUUUUACUAAUAGAUUUAGAUGUUAGAUUUACAUUAACCUUCAAGUAUACUUCGUAGGUUAACUAUCUAUUGAGAAUUCUAUCGACACUAGUAGUGAAAUUGAUUUGCAAUAUUUAUUAAACUAGCAUAAUUUAUUUGCGUAGCUCAAAAUGGCGGUCGCGUCCGGGUGUGAACCGGCGCGCCGCUCAAGGACCAUAUCCUUGCAUUUAUUGUUUUACAUUGUAAUGUAUUGACUAGCUUCUAUCGUAGAGCACUCUUUCUGUACUUAAACGAUGAACUUACCAAUAUUAGCGUUAGUAUUAUUGUUUACUAAGUAUUAUUAUUUUCAUUUGUAGCCGAGCAGCAGACAUCGUUUAUGUAUUUGUAUUGUCUAGUCACUGAGGCCGCGGGGUCGACGGUAUUGUUGUAAUAACACUCAAUAAUUAUAUUCUUACAAGUUAUUUCAUUAUGGUUGUCCUUUACACAGCGGUGUCGGUAAUACUACUGACGGUAGUUGACACGAAUUGAUUUUUUCUAUAUCAUAAAAUCGUGCAAUCAACGAAUAUUUUUGACUUUAUUUUUUUACAUUUUAGUAUUACUUAUAUCAAUUUUGCUUUGGACUUUACAAAGUUGUUAAAUUAUUGUUGUAUUUUGCAGUAUUCAACAGACUUUAUUUUGACGUAAAGUGCUGAACGCUAGUUUUGUAUCGAUUUUACAGCACGUUGAAUAUAAAAUAUUAGGUUUAAUUUGUGCGAUCGCUGGAUGUCUGCUGGCACUGCUGGUGGUGGUGUUAUGAGCGAUUAACCAAAUAUGUUCUUUAUUUAUACAGUUUUAAAUCACAUAUUAUUUUGCCUAGGCAUAUAGUAAAGGUGGGGACGUAUUAUCGGAUGCGUCAGUUAUAUACGAAAUGAUGAUCGCAUGCGACAAGUCUACAAGGCUCUAGAGAACUCUGUUUCGACGGGUGUAUCAGAUAAUACGUUCCCUCCUUUAUGAUUAUAUAUUUACUAUUUAAAGAGGUAUUAUGAGUUUUUUUUAUCACAGAUUAAUUUAAUCUAUUUUUAAAUACCAGCUACUUAUUAUUAUUAUAUUUGCAUCAUGAUUGAAUUGUUGGACAACUCGAAGCAUGAAUGUUCCCAUUGUAACGGUUUCAUUUUAAUCUGUAGCUGAAUUAGUAGUUUUUUGUUUGACAUCAAAAUGCACAGUUUGAUGGUUCAACUAGUAAAAUUACAGGUAUCAUUCGAAGGAUGUGGCCACUAUUUUGUUUAUUUAUUGUAAUCUCAUCAGGUUACAUGUCUUUUGAUAAUUAUGGAAACCUGCCAGGGAAGUCACUAUAGCUUGCGAAAAACGAAUGAACACAGAGCUGUUGUGCAAUUCGGUACGCUUAAUACGACUAGAUAGAGUCGUGGGUUAGUGCAGCGAGCGCUCCGAAGCUUGGGAAAAUGAUGUUUAGGAUCGUUUCUGUGUUAACCACGACUCUCCCUCGUUGCAUUAAACGUACAUAUUGCGUGACAACUCUCAAUUGUUCGUUCUCAGUAUAAGCUAUAGUGAAGUGUUGCGGCUACUACAUUCAGCGACAGACGUAAUGAACCGGCGGGAACAUAUCGUGAGAGCGGAUUUAUUUUGUGAGGCAGCUCGUGUUGUCGAAUGACUGAAAUGAAUCAUGAAUGAAAAUAAUAAAUUGAUAUAUUUAAAA